UUGCAUUUUGGGAGAUUACUUGAAAGUGUUCAUGCACUUAGAAGGUGUCAGCGUGAACGAAUAUACACCCUGGGAGACUCUGCUGUGCGGAGGAUUCGCUGACAUUCCGGCUAUACUUUAUUCUUCUGGUUCAGUGCUAGUACUCGAGUUCCAUUCCAGUCCAUAUACAGCGAAUUCCAGUGGAUUUUUGGGAACGUUUAGGUUUCUGGAAAAAAAAUUGUUUCGAACAGACGGCUGGAAGUUGCCCAGUACGGCUUGUGACUACGAGUUUUACAGUUCGGACCAUUCGCCGCUUUAUGGAAAAUUCUAUUCUCCACGGUUUCCAUCCAGCUAUCCUAAGAACAUUAGAUGUACUUACAAGUUCCAAGGCAGGUACAAGGAACGAGUUCGAAUAAUCUUCGAAGAAGUUGCGCUGCAGAAGGGCGAUAUCAGUUGUUUGAACAGAGCAGACAUCAUUCGAGUUUUCGACGGCAGCACAUCGUCCGAUCCAUCGAUAAUACUUCUCUGCAACGAAAAUUCACAAAUUGAAAUACUUUCAACCGGUUCGGACCUCUUCAUUGAAUUCGUAGCGAAUUCCGACAACCCCGGACGAGGAUUCAAAGGAAAAUUUCAGUAUCAACCUAGCGAUAAUAUAGUAGAUAGUCGAACUCCUGGUCAUCUAGGUCAACUUUCACAAUCUAUAGAGACUGAACCUAACGUAAGAGAAACACGAUCAAGUUGUGAUGUAGCAAUAAGUAGCGACACUAGUAGAAACGGCACUAUAACGAGUCCGUCGUACCCUUCGCCGUAUCCUGCGAAAACGACGUGUACUUACGAAUUUCAAGGUAGAGGAAAGGAACGAGUACAGGUUGUCUUCCAGGACUUCAGUUUAUACAUUCCUAACGGAAACUCUAAAAAUUGUGAUAAUUCGGAUUCGUUAAGUAUCUUUAUUCACAUCGAUGGUCGAAUAGAGAAGAUUGACAAAUUUUGUGGUACAAAUUUGCCCAAACCCGUAAUGUCAAACGGACCACGAUUAAAAUUGGAAUUUGAGAGUUUCUACACUUCCAGAUAUUCCAGAGGAUUCAAAGCAACGUAUGCUUUUAUGGAAAAUUUUGGAAUAAAAACUGGUAGCCAGUUGUCUACUUACCCAUGUGCCUUCGAAUUUAACAGUAAUGAGUCGAGAGACGGACACUUUUCCAGUCCGAAUUAUCCCGGCUUGUAUCCCAGAGACACAGAGUGUCAUUAUUUUUUUAACGGUAACAUGUCAGAACGAAUUCGACUGCAUUUCAACUACUUCGACGUGGAAGGAGUUUUACCAUGUGAAGCGGUAUCUGCUAGCGACUACGUAGAAUUUUCAAAUUAUAUAUCGAGAGAUAGAAAAUUUUCGAGAUAUUGCGGCCAAUUAAAGGAAUUCGAUGUAGAAUCCGAUAGACACUUUUUCAGGGUAACUUUUCGAUCCAACGACCGCCUCGACGGCACUGGAUUCAACGCCACCUAUCGGUUCGUGGUCGGAAAAGAGGGUAAUAGCAAAAAAACAACCAAUAAUAUCAAUUCAUCGACUUGGGAAAAAGGUACUUGCCUUUUGGUACUCUUCUGCAUAAUUUCAAUGACCAAAAUUACUACAUAAUCAUACACGAAAAUAAACAGGGAACACUGAGCAAUAUUUUUUCAUAAAUCAAAUCAUUUGGUUUCAAAUCAAACGUAAAACACGUAAUUUGUAAUAUAUUUAUUUCAGAAACGAAUUAACGUGAAGGAAGACUGUACAUAUAAAUAUUUAUGUUAUGUUUGUCUGUUUAAAUUUGUACCUAAAUAGUAAUAUAGUGUUUUAUAAAAAUCGUUUUAAUAAGUUUUUAAUAAUAUGACGUCAUGUCAAGUUGAAAUUACUGAUCGCCAAAAAAUGCCUAGAAAAAUUAUUUGACAAGAAAAUGACAGAUGACAGUUUGUAAAUAAAGAUGAAAAAACUAUUUGUAUUUAUUUGAAUGCUGAAUACUAAUUUCUAGAAAAAAUAAGUUAUAACUGAAGUAUUUAUCCAUAUUCGAUGAAAUUUCAAUACGAAACUACUUUAGUUUUUAUAUCAAAGCAUGCCUGCAGAAAAUAUUCAAUACUCUGAGAAAUAUACCGAUGAAAAAUAUGAAUACCGACACGUAAUUCUGCCUCCAGAUUUGGCCAAAUUAGUUCCUAGGCCGCAUCUCAUGACAGAGACUGAGUGGAGAAAUUUAGGGGUGCAACAGAGUCCAAAUUGGGUGCAUUAUAUGUUACACACGCCUGAACCUCAUGUAUUACUAUUCCGAAGAGCAUUGAGAGCUAACGCGCACCAUGAAUAUUAGGAAAAUAAAGUUUUUCUAUUUUGAAACUAAUGUGAAUUAAAUGUACCUAAUUUAAAUAUAUAAAUAAUAAUUUUCAUCUAUUAGACAAUUGACAACAUUUAAAUGAGUUAUAAAACUUUAUAGGAUACAAACUAAGAAAGUUAAAAUAUAUAAAUAAGAAGAUAUAUAUAACAAAAUAUGAAUAAAAUGAAAAUAUACAUCAAUUAUAUAAUAUUUGUAUAGCUCUUUUAAGAGCAGAAAGAGAGUUAUGGACAAUAUUAAUAUUUCGAUGAUGAUAGCUAAAUGUAAAAUUUUGAAUAUUGUUUAAUUUUGUCUAUAGUGGUAUACGAAAUACUUUAACAUUCCAUGUACAUAUUUCAUUUACUUUAAUAGUUUGGAAUUUGAUAUAAUACCAUUUAAAAUUUUGCAUGUUUAAUUGGAGAAUAUUUUUCCAACUCAGUUUAUGCUUAUUUUGAAAUCACUAAUCUGCAAAAGUUUUUGUUGUAUCUUCUCAAUGUAAUUAAUGCAAGUAAUAUAAUUGGGAGACCAGACAUACUACUUUUAACCCAAUGAUGGACACUGAACAACACGAAUACAAUUGAUGAACUUUGGAGAGGUAAGGACUUUUUUAGCUCCCCCAAAGAUAAAUACAUGUAUCACAUUUUUGUCUUAUUUGCUACAUUUCAAUAAUUUAUGUAUUACAUUUUACAUUGCUGGAUAAUAACUAGACAAAUAAAGAGUUUUGCUG